AUGGGAUGGGAGUGCAGUUGUCAGAAUCAUGUACCUGAUGUUCCACCUUACGGAUGGCCUAUAACUAUUGCAGAAUGCCAAGGUAAAGAACAAGCAUGCAUCAACAACUGUAGUAGUGGUGCUCUUCAAAAUAUAUGUAUCAAAGGGUGUGGCUUAUAUUACAAAUGCAAGAAAGCAGGUAGUCUCCCAAGUGGACUUAGAGUAAGCGAUGAAAAUAAGAUACCCGUCUAUAAUACACAUGCUUCAGAAGGAGAAGGAAGUUCUGCUUCUUUAUUAGCCUGCUUCUCUUGCUCCUUAUAUACAUCCUUUUUCAUUGGUAGUGUAGUUUCAUUCAUCAGUGCAUUAUUGUAA